AUGAGCGACUCCAAGGAACCAAGGGCACAGCCACUGGGCCUCUUCGAAGAGGAAGAGCUGAUAACCAGCGGUAUGAAUUUUUUUCCAAGAGACUUUGGAUUCCGACAGACUCGAGGCUACAAGAGCUUAGCAGGGUGUCUGGGCCAUGCGCCGCUGGUGCUGCUGCUCCUCUCCUUCACUCUCUUCACUGGGCUCCUAGUGGCCAUCCUUAUCCAAGUCUCCAAGAACCCCAGCUCCCAGAGGCAGGAGCAGUCUAUGCAGGAGACCUCCCAGGAUCUGGCCCAGCUUAAGGCUGCAGUGGAACGCCUGUGCCGCCCCUGUCCCUGGGAAUGGACAUUCUUCCAAGGAAACUGUUACUUCAUGUCUAACUCCCAGCGCAACUGGCACGACUCCAUCACUGCUUGCCAGGAAGCGGGGGCCCAGCUCGUCGUGAUCAAAAGUGAUGAGGAGCAGAACUUCCUACAGCUGCAGUCUUCCAGAAGCAACCGCUUGGCCUGGAUGGGACUUUCAGACCUACAUGAGGAAAAUACGUGGCAAUGGGUGGAUGGCUCACCUCUGUCACCCAGCCUCAGGCGGUAUUGGAACAGAGGAGAGCCCAACAAUAUCGGGGAGGAAGACUGUGUGGAAUUUAACGGCAAUGGCUGGAACGACGACAAAUGUAGUGCCGCCAAAUUCUGGAUCUGCAAAAAGUCCGCAGCCUCCUGCUCCAGGGAUGAAGGGUGGCUUCCCCCCUCCGUGUCUGCACCCCUGACUGCCCACGCAGCGUA